AUGUGGACGCCCCUCAAGACCUGGCAGCCAGUAACAUCCAGACGGAGAACGGCCUGCUGAGCUGGAAGCCGCCGCGCGCCGACAUCACCGGAUACAUCCUGAGCUUUGAGUCUGCGGACGGCACCAUCCGGGAGGUCGUCUUGAGUCCCAAUGCGGUGUCCUAUAACAUGGCUCAGCUCAGCGCCUCCACACAGUACUCCGUCAAGCUGCAGGCCAUCGCUGGGCCGAAGAGAAGCCGAGUCAUCACCACUGUCUUCACUACCACUGGCGUGCUGUACAGAUACCCCCGGGACUGCUCCCAGGCCCUGCUGAAUGGUGACACCUCCUCAGACCUGUACACCAUCUACCUGGGUGGAGAUGAGAGCCAGCCCGUGCAGGUGUACUGCGACAUGGCGACUGAUGGAGGCGGAUGGAUCGUUUUCCUCCGCAGACAGAGUGGUAGACUGGAGUUUUUCCGCAACUGGAAGAAUUACACAGCAGGCUUCGGAGACAUGAAUGAUGAAUUCUGGCUGGGCCUUUCUAACCUGCAUAAGAUCACGGUUGGGGGUCCGUACGAGCUGCGAGUGGACCUGAGAGAUAAGGGAGAGACGGCCUUCGCUCAGUACGACAAGUUCUCCAUCUCUGAACCCCGGAGCCGCUACAAGGUCCACGUAGGAGGGUACAGCGGAACAGCAGGGGACUCUAUGACCUACCACCACGGCCGGCCAUUCUCCACCUACGACCAUGACAACGACAUCGCUGUCACCAACUGUGCCCUGUCCUAUAAGGGAGCCUUCUGGUAUAAGAACUGCCACCGUGUCAACCUCAUGGGACGAUAUGGAGACAACAGUCACAGCAAGGGGGUGAACUGGUUCCACUGGAAAGGGCCACGAAAGCAGCCUCGAUCGAGUUCGCCGAGAUGAAGAUCAGCCUCCAACCUUCAGGAACCUGGAGGGAAGGAGGAAACGAUCUUAGAAAGGAUCCCCAACACUGCUACUCUGUCUGGACCCCCAUGACCACAUCACCACACACACACACAAACACAUACACACAUACACACACACACACACACACACACACACACACACACACACACACACACACACACACACACACACACACACACACACUGCAGCAACCAAAGUCACUGCCAAGAGCCCUGCCUCCACACAAAACCAACAAAACACAUCUGCGCUCACAGAUCAGCCUCCACUGCAUAAGCCCCGCCCCUCAGUAAAACGGUUUUGGAAAUGCUGCCAGUGCGGGAGUCGAUGUGCAUGUCAUAAACUGGGCUUAAAUCAAGCCCAAACAGAUUCUUCUCACGCACCCAAGAGAGAAAGAAACAGCUCCAUCUUACCUGAUUAUGAUCCUUUCUCUUGUGUUGCAGCGUUUGUGGGGAGGCCACUGUGCUUCUUGAGCAUUACAGUAUGUUGAGUAUGUACAGUCAUUCAAACCAGUUAUCCCCACAAAGGACAGGCUGGUUUUGAUACAACAAGGUCUAGGUUCAGGGCUUCUUUGAUAAAACCGAUGAUAAUGUGAUAAUUCUCCUGAAUUAUGACAGAAAUUAUAUUCCUUGUACAGUAGGGUACACGUAUCCGUCUGAUUUAAACAUUUAGAACAAAGGGAUAUUCCUGCGAUGGCACUGCUCAGAUGUCAGAUAUCUCCAUCUAACCUGCCAUUUGUUUGUCUCGUGCGUAACUCGUCUCAGUGUCACUUUAUCCUCCCCUGGUUCCCCCAUCUCCCGCUACAUCUGAUGCAGGGGCGUCGCACAAAAGUCUGGACCCUGUACAUAACCAUUGUCUACGGGCCCCUCCCAGCAUCCAUGGCUGUAUACUCAUUUCACCCACCCCCACCAGUCUGAUGCCCCUGAUAUGAUGUGAUAAAGAUGGAAAUUAAAAGAGAAAAAAAAAUGUGUAUGGAAAAGUAUUUAACCCACCUCAUCCCAUGUCAACAUGGAUGACAAUGUUUCCAUUCAUACAAAAGCCCCUGAAGGCAUCAUGCUACAGCCACAGUGUUGUAAGGAACAGAGAAAAGAAAAGCUCAUGUGUUUAUAUUCCUUUAGUUUCUCUUAUGAUCCGAGGCAGGACCUGUUAUUCACUAUAUGAUAACAUGCGUGAUGAUGUUUUUUAUUUCUUUUUGGAAAAUGUGAAUACAGUACUAGGUAUAUGUGUUGUUGACACAAUAUGUUGAUGCUCAAAACAAAAAACGGCCAAUUCUAAUUGAUUUUUUAUUGGACAGAGCAAGGUCUCUAUAUGCUUAUGUUGUUGAUAAUAAUGUUUGAAGAGCGACCCUCCCCCCUUCCCAUGCUACAGCAGCAUACUAAACCACUGACCUUCUAAAGAAUGCCUGUGUAAAUUAAAUUGUUUUUAUUGUUUUGUUUGUUUAUAACUGGGUGAACAACAGGUGUUUCUCUGUAUUACAAUAAAACAGUUUGUUUAAAAGGAA